AUGGAAUACAUAGAAAACAAACCAGAAGAUAAUGCUACUAUAGUGACACAGUUUCUCUUUCUAGGGUUUUCUGAACUUCCCAAAGUGCAAGUAUUUCUGUUUUGGAUGUUCUCCCUAAUGUAUGUAAUUAUCUUAAUAGGAAAUAGCUUCAUAAUUGCCAUAGUCCGAAUUGACCCUGCACUAAAGAAGCCCAUGUAUUUUUUCCUGGCCAAUUUUUCAUUUCUGGAAAUCUCUUAUGUAUCUGUCACUCUUCCUAGGAUUCUGUACAAUCUUUGGACUCAAGAUAGAAGAAUUUGUCUUCUUGCCUGUGCUCUUCAAUUGUUUUUCUUCACAGUUCUGGCAGCUACUGAGUGUUUCCUACUUGCCGCGAUGUCCUAUGACCGCUAUGUGGCCAUCUGCAACCCUCUGCAGUAUCCUCUGGUCAUGAACCCAACAAAGUGUACUCAGAUGGCCAUUGGCUCUUGGCUCGGUGGCAUCCAAGUCCAGAUAGGACAAACUUGUCUAGUUUUCUCUUUACAUUUCUGUCAAUCUAAUAGAAUAAACCACUUUUUCUGUGAUAUUCCAGCUAUUCUGAAGCUUGCCUGUGGGGACACUUCAAUGAAUGAGUUUUCUGUCUAUUUAGUGGUUAUGGGGUUUGUUGCUUUCCCUUUUAUGUUGAUACUUGCAUCUUAUAGUAAAAUCACUGCCACCAUUCUGAAGCUGCCAACAGCCACAGGACGGACAAAGGCCUCCUCCACGUGUUCUUCCCAUCUGGUGGUGGUGGUUUUGAUGUUUGUUUCAGUAAUCAUUAACUACUUUUGGCCAAAGUCAAUUCGUUCUCCAGUAACUGAUAAGAUACUCUCUGUUUUACACAAUUGUGACCCCCAUGUUCAACUUCCUGAUAUACAGUCUUAG